AUGAAGACGACGGCGACGGAAGGGAAGAAGAAGAAGGAGAAGACGACGACGAUGAUGAUGAUGAUGAUCGGUUGGGGCUGUCGCAGCUUCUCCCUAUCCCUCUCCUUCUUUUUUCUCUUUUUCCCUCUUCUCCCCCCGAUCUCUUCUUUAGCCCUCCUGCUGUUCUGUUCCCGCGCGGUCUCCCUCUGCCCCUGCCGCGCGGAGGGUUUGCUGAAGGGACGCACGGGAAGACGAAGUCGAAGAAGAAGAAGAAGAAGAAGAAGUAGAAGAAGGAGAAGGCGACAAGCGACGCGCAUUUUCCAAAGUGUCUCAUAUCCGUCCGUCUUCUGGCGCCACGCCACACUAUAUCUUGUGUAUAUUCCACCUCUUCUCCCAUCUUUUCAUCGAUCCGCUUGUCUCGUCACCAUCAUCCGCUCGUCCUACUUUCGCGCCUAUUCCGUCCGGCUGUACCGUACCCAUAUCUCUUCUUUUCACUCAGCCUCUCCUCCGCAGCACGCAGCAGAAGCAUCGGUCUUCCCGUUCCUUUUGACGUCAGUUGGUGAUGGAAAGUGAAAAAGCUUCGUUUCGCUUGUGGCCCCGUCCCGUUAGAUUAGAUGUACAUCUCGAACACUAAAUGAGUUCUUUUGUAGCGAAAGAGGAAAGGGUCUGGCUAGUACUAGACCAUUCUGAAAUAGUAGGGGUCGAGGAGUGAUGAUGAUGCCCCGCCGCCCUGACUACAAAGGGCGGUUUCGGGAAACAAAGGCAAAUCACAGUGAUGCAUAUAUACCACUUUUGUUCUUGUUUGUUGUUCCGCCCUAGCCCCUACCUAUGAUUCAAGCAUUGUCCUCCACAAGCACUUUGUAACCCGCUCGGCCCCCGAACCCCACCUCCGAACCGAACCAACUAUGACAUCACCUUAUAUUAGGCGCCAGGACGCUCGCUUCCAACUUUGUCCGUCCUUCAUUUCCAUUUUUGUGAAAGAGAAGGUUGCCCCAUUCUGUCUGGCAUAUGGUAGUGGAUGGCAGGCUUCUAAGAUGGAAGAAGAAGAGACGGAAUAAAUAAUUUGUGUGUAUUUGCCUUGAUCUCUUGACAUCUCCAAGGUCGACCACUUCGGAAAACUUCAAAUAUUCCGUCGCUUUUCUUCCGACCUUUCAUUCGGCUUCUCCUUCUGCCUCCUUUGCCUCAAUGUCCGUCAAAUUUUUCAGUUUUAAGACGUAACUUUCACCAUUUCAGUUCGCUCCUUACUCGAUUUUUUCACGGGUUUCACUGGCAUCUUGUUCUCAAGUUUACACCUCCCUAACAUCAGCUUCGCUUUCUUUUUCGUUUCCGUUCCCCUCCGUCUGCCCCCACCUUUCCUUUUUCGCUGAGUGACUCCUCCCUGUUACCCGAACAGUUCCGCGCCAAACCAAUUCUCUCCCCCCCCCCUCCGCGUGCGCCAUUUUGUAGCUAGUCAAAAGUCGGCAGUCAAAUGAAAGGGACUCCAUUCAGUCUACCUCUCACUUUUUCUUCCGCUCACCACCCGCUGCCAGUGACCCGACAAUUGACUAAAGUUUUUACCCGGGUUUAGCAAAGAACAGUAGGGUUAUUCUAUUUUGUGAGCAGUCUACGUGGUGAUACAUUAUCGACUACCGUAUUCCGAGAAAAAUUUCAACACCCCUCUUCUUACCGGCCCUUUUCUCCUUCUAUUCAUUCACUUUCAAACACACACCCAACACAUUUCCUCUUCUAUUUUCGCUUUCAGAUAUUGUCUUUCCAUAUAUCUAGUUCAUUUUCUCUCUCACUCUUUCUUUUCCAUUGUCGCUCUCAUUUAAGACCAAUCCCUCCCACCUUCUCAAAAUCUUACCGGCGCAUCGCAUUUCUUCCCCCUGAUUUGUUGUUCGGGAGAAGAUUUUGGAGUUUGUUGCAAAUUCGAUUCAGUCUGAACUUGUUUGACCUUCUAGCCCUUUUCUGCUGUACAAGUUGACCAUCUAUUGUUCAUUUCUUUCAUUUCCAGCUUCUACUCUUAGUCACCACAAACAUAGAUUAUGCAACUGGCAACUGGCCAACUAAAACAACCAUUCAGACAGCAUUGUUCCUACCUCCCAGUCACUCAUUUCGCUUUCUUCGUCUUCUUCUUCUUCCUCUUCUUCUUCUGCCUCUCCUUAUUCCUUUUUCCCUCUUUUUUUGAUCUGAGAAGAGGAAACGAGAAGUUGGGGCUGGUUCUUUGACGAUUUUUGCGUUUUGUGAUCACUCUACUCAAUCAAUUAGCCCUCUCUUUUCAGAUCUGAUGAUUUGGGUGUUACUUGUGUUACUCGGGUUGAGCAAUGUCACACACCAACAAAGUCUCGCAAGUAAGUGCUUGAAACUUGAUUUUCAGCAACAAAAAAAACGGUUUGUAGACAGUCUGUUUGCGGAGGAAGGCACGUCACCAGGGUUUGUGACUCGGAUUAACAAGAAGGCGUUUAGUAUAGUGUCAGAACAGCUCAAAGAUCGAGUUAUAAAGUUUAUGAGUUCCGACGGAUUGGAAUUCAACAUCUCAGCUCCACUGACCAACCAGGUAUGCAAAUCAAAAUCUUAAUCUCGACUUAACCCUUCGUCCUACUCCGAACAAUGCAAAUUGAAACUGUUCAGGUCCGGUUCACGCUGAGAUCCUCGCGGAUAAUCUCUUUCGAUGAACUUUUCUUCGAUUCCUCCAUGUCAAUCGUUCCUCAGAAGGGAAUUUCGUGGACGGUAACCUUGAGAUCUCACUUCACUCUCCUCACACACUAUUUAGGGGACGAACAUCAACGUGACGUUGCUGGCAAGUUUCAGUCUUCUGACAACGCAAGGCGAAAUCACUGGAAAUGUUCCGUUGUCGUUUGACAAGUGAGUGAUAGUACGUGUGAGGGCAAAGAUGAAGAGGAAGGACACUUUCCACACUGACGGAAGAGGAGGAGUGUAAUAGUUUAAGGCGAAAAGAAAGUGAUAACGAAACUACUUCUUUUUCUGUUUCUUCUUCUUCUUCUUCUUCUUCUUUGAUCUGUCAAGCUAGGAGAAAGCAAAAACAUGACAAAAAUGAACGAGAUGUUUGGAUGUUCGUUUUUUGCAGAACAAAUGUGGAACUGCUUCUGUGGACCGGAGUCAAUGGAGAUGGACACUUGAAGACUGACUUGAUCACUUGCAAAGUUGCCGCCAACAAUUUGCAGUUGCAAUUCAGUCAGGCCGAUUCUACGCUUCUCGCUAAUUACAUUCCGCAUAUGCAGAAUUUCAUCAGACAGACCGUAGAACAGGUACUUGCCAGAAUUUUAUUUAAAAUUAAGCCAACAAAGUAUUCUUUAUAGGUUGUGUGCCCAUCGUUUCACGCCGAGCUUGUCCCAGUGCUCUCCAACCGAAUCAUGAACACCCCGCUCAGCGCUUCCCUCUUCGAGCAGUACUUCAUCAACUACGCACUUCUUGGUGAGCAAAAGAGAAAUGCAAAAAGCGAUGCCUGCUGCUGGAAUCGAACCAGCGUCGCCACGGCCACAACGUGGAGUACUAACCACUAUACUAAGCAGGCCGAAAGUGUGAGAGACCUAGAGAGUUUAUCUACCACCCUCCUGCUGCUGCUGCGGGCAAGGCGACGGGGUAGACGAGGGGAAAUGUGUGUGUGUGUGUGUAUGCUGUGGAAAGGAAUGGGAAGGGGGACACGAGAUGUGAGCGUUGUUCGUUGCAGGACCCGUUGAAUUCACAAACCAAGCAAUCACCCUCAAACACCGAGGAAAUGCAUUUGGAAUUUUGAGACAAGGUGAGUAUUAAGUAUUUCUAAUGCUUCCACUAACCGAUCCAACAAGGACUGAUCGAAUGUAUAGGUUCAGGAAGGACUCGCCUCAACGACUUCCGUCUCCCGUACCGAAGCCCACCACUUGUGCUCCCAACUUCUGACUCUGGACAUAUGAUCGAUUUCUAUCUUUCGAACUACACACUCAGUUCGCUGCUUUUCUGGAUGGAUCAGUACCGAAAGUUCGACUACGAGAUCAGCAGACAAGCCACAAACAACUCGGCACUCGUCGGAUACUUGAAGACGGAUUGUGGAACGGGAGACAUUUGCGCUGGAACCCUGUUCCCAGCUCUUGGUACUCGGUUCCCUGGCGGAGAGGUGGUGAUCAAGUCGCACACGGUUUCCUAUCCACGAGUGGUGCUUAAGAAGAACAACAUGACGAUCUACAUCGACAGUAGAGUGGACGCAUUUGUACAGGUAUGUAAGAAAGAUGGAUGAAUGACAGUGAUAAUCAGCAAAAUAAUUUGUUUUCAGCAACAGGACCGUAGUCGCCGCUUCCUCACCGCUUCAAUGAACGCCGAGGUGAAACUGGAUAAGGCCUCGUUCAAGGACUUUAUUCUUCACGGAGAAUUGCGUAUUGACAAGUUCAAGAUUUCUGAUGUAAGAGAGAAUUUCACUAGAGAAGUUUUUUGAGAUGUUCUUCAGGUCGCUUCUCUUGUUGAUGGAAUCGACGAGGGAUCCUUGGAGUUUCUGGUGAAUGCGUUGACGGAACUGAUUCUCAACGAGGAUAUGGCCAAGAAACUGAAGAGUGGAAUUCAGCUUCCAAUUAUGUUCGAUUAUACGCAACAAGUUGGACAAGUCAAUUUUGAAGAUGUAAGUCGAGUCUGAAUAAAAAUUGAGAAAUUUUCAAAACGUUCUUCAGGAUAUGAUCCACAUCGCGGCGGACUUCUGCGCGACAGACAAGUGCUCCAUCACAGCCGAUAACAAAGACACAGAAGUCGACUAUUACGAUACCGUACAGGGUUAA